AUGAAUAUUGCCACCACUUGCAACUCUUGGUCCAUUGAGCAUCACAGGCUCGAAGAAGAAAGGCGAUGGGUUACUGAUCUCCACUGCAAGGCCAAGAAAGACAAUGGGGAAUGGAUCUCUACUCAACUCCGACUGGAUGACAUUCUGGGGAACGAUGAUGGGAACUUCAAGUAUAGUUUGAGGUAUCCCGAAAGGAACAUUUCCUCGUCAAUGAGCAAUCCCCGACUGGAGGUAACAGGAGACGGUCGACCGAUUCUUCACGGCCGCCUUACCACCCGGGAUGCUUAUGGUCAUGACAGAAGUCUUGAUUUAUCUAAAAUUCUGUGGAAUAAAGAUGGUCGACUAUCUCUCAAUGAGGACGUGGUUCGCGCGGAAGACGAUAGAAGAAGGGAAGAGGCAAGGCAGAAAAUGCUCGAAAAAGCGCGUCGCAACCCCAAACUGAUGGAACGGUUGAGGCGCCAGGGAAAGCUUUGA